GAUUUUAAGUCGUGAGGAAAAAAUUAAGAAGAAAAUAGAUAAUAGAGCUAAUCAUAAGUUAAUUAAAAAAGAUAAUAUGAAAAUUUCAAUGUGAAGUUUUUAGUGCAAUCAAUAGAAAUAAAGAUAAUGUUAAAAGAUAUUGUUGACGAUAUUAUUUCGAGAAUAUUAAUUGCAUAAUUUUUUUUCCAAACAAAAAGAAUUCAAACAAAGCUAGUUUUAAUUUUUUUAAUUGAUAGUGCUACGAGAAUGAUCAUUACUGUUAUCGCUAAAUAUUAUUUACUAUCAUGAUCCUCAAUUCAAUGUCGCUUUACGUCUACAAGGAAAUCAUGUGAUUUUAUGAAUAUUUAAAUUGAAUAACAAAAAUAAGGAAAUCAUAAAAGAUUUGAAAUCAUGCCAAAAGUUUACAUGGAUAUUGCUGACAAGAAAUCCCCUCUCGUUAAUCCGUUCAGGACUUUCGAUUAUCGGGAAUUUUUAUGCGGAUGGGGGUCAGCAUUUGUCAACAUUACUUUGACUUAUCCACUUUAUAAAACAAUAUUCCGUCAAAUGCUCCACGGAAUUAAAAUAAGCGAUGCUUACAGCCAACUUCGUCACGAAGGAGUUGGAUUUCUCUAUCGUGGGAUGUUUCCACCUUUAGCACAAAGAACAUUAAGCUUGUCAUUAAUGUUUGGAGUAUACGAUGGUGUCAAGAGACCUGCCAUUGAGUACUACGGUAUGAAUGAAUAUAGCGCAAAAUGUUUGGCAGGAAUUAUUGCCGGAACGAUUGAGGCUGUGCUUAUGCCAUUUGAACGUGUUCAGACAAUUCUUGCUGAUGCCGCUUAUCAUCAAAAGUACAAAAACACUCCGCACGCUUUUCGGUUAAUUAUUCGAGAGAAUGGAGUAAGGGAAUUGUAUCGAGGUUUAGUUCCAAUUCUUCUAAGAAAUGGUCCCAGCAAUGCAGUGUUUUUCGUUCUACGUGAAGAAGCCCAAAAGCUGCCAAUAAAAGAUGGAGCUUUUUAUGAGUAUAGUCACCAAUUCAUCUCAGGUGCAAUAAUUGGAGCGUUUGUCUCAAGCAUAUUUUAUCCAUUAAAUGUCAUCAAAAUAGUCAUUCAAUCUAAAGUUGGUGGUCCCAACGAGGGAAUGUUUGUAGCGCUUAGAAAUAUCUACAAUGAUCGUGGAAGGUCAGUUAGAAAUGUUUAUAAAGGACUGAAUAUGAAUUGUGUGAGAGCUUUUUUCAGUUGGGGUAUUAUGAAUGCUGCUUAUGAAAAUUUCAAGAAAGUUAUUUAUUAAUUUUAAUUUUUAAGUCUACUUUCUUCACUUAUUUAUUCGAAGCUAAAUACACCGUUGAAAGAUCGAUGAUCUCUCAAAAUUCAUUUGAAAUAUUAAGAUCCAAAAGCAGCAUUUAUUAAAACAUAAGAUCAUUAUUAUCUCUCCUCCUUUCGAUUCAGAAGUUGAUAAAUAAAAUAAAAUAUACCAAGUCGAAGGAAACGUUUUUCUUGUAAGAAUUCCACAAGAGAACAAACAAAGUCAAUAAUUUUCUUAUAAGUGUUUUAAUAAAAAAUGAAUUAAAAUAAAAUGUUUAAGUACAAUAAAUAUUUAAAAUGUUGUUUCUUUGAAAAUAUCAUCGUGGAUUGUAAUGAAAAAAAAAAUUAUAAAUAGAUAAGACGUUUCAAAAAACUCAUGAUCCAGUCAAUGUUGAUCCAUAACAAAUAAAAGAUAAGAGCAUAAAACAACAUCGAAACAAACUUGUCAAGAUAGUACAACCUUUUCAGAGUUGCUCGAGCUUUUGGUAAAGAUUCUGGUGAUUCUUUCAAUAAAUAAUAUCUUGUUCCUUUGAUAAAGUUCAGUAAAUAUUCUGUAAUGUCAAUUUGAAACAAAUCGCAGCUAAACUUUUUCUUGUCAACAUCAUUUAGUUCACGAUGAAGUUUCAAGAAGUUUUCAUUUAUAAAGAUCCACUCUCUGGUUGUAUAAUAUUGAAGAACUUUCAAUCCUUGGCUGACACGCUUCUGAACUUUCACCAAGCUACGUUAUGAUUGAAUGUUUUACUUUUCAAUGUAUCUAAGUCAAAAAUAUUGAAAUUCAAUUAACACUUACAAAGGUUUCUGUCGAAAGAUGAUCAUGAGAAAGUCAAUAAAAUAAGCAGGCAAAUAAUGGAAGAAAAUAACACAAAACAUAUGUUUAUAGUAGUUUGGUUUGAUGGAACC